UUUGAUUCCGCGUUUUGGAAUGCUUGAUGCCGAUUGCGCUGCCUGCAGUGGAUGUGGAGAGGCGAGCCAAAGUGAUCGAGCGCCUGAGGCAGCUUUGGGAGCAAGAGGAGGUGCCUGCCUGGCAUCGCCGGCUCUUUGAGGAGAAGUACUGCCAAGGCACUUAUGGCUCGGAGUUCCUCAUCCGUGAGGUGCAGGCCUUGAAGAGUGGCACGGCGCCGGUGCAAGAGGUCCAGAAGGCGAUUUGGCACCGCGAGGAGGUGCUGGUACGUCUCACGCUCCUGCGCACUGGCUUCUCGGAUGAGGAGAUCUUGACGGCAGGCAGCCUGCCGCGACGGCACCUCGCUGAGCAGCUGCAGGAGCUGCGGCGCGCGGGCGCGCGCUGCGUGGAGGCGCUGAGCGCCUGGCGCCGCUCCGUGGCGCCGUUGCAGGUGGGCUGCGUGCCCGGGUGGCCAUACGCCGGCCCCACCGGCGAGGUGGACGACGCUACGGAGGACUACCUGGUGCAUUUGGCGGACGACGCGGUGGUCCGAGCCUUCGAGACCGUGGUGGAGGUCUCGCCCGAGUGCGACCCAUUUCUGCUCUUCAGGUCUGGAGGCACCAGCUGGAAAGAGAGCGGCAAGCUGUGCCCUCCCGCGGUGGCCGACCGCGCGCGGCGGGGGCAGCCCAGCCCUGGCCGUGAUCCAAAGAAUUGGAGUUCCCAAAAUGGCUUGAACGUGCGCGGCUGCAGCUGGGGGAGCAAGAGGUCGCGCUCUCCAGGGUGCCUGAGCCAAGCGCCGCGCGGGACCGAGCGGCGCUUCUGCAGAGCAUCCUCAAGGGCCGGUCCCGGCCCGCCACCACAGACAGCAAGCCCCGCAAAGACGGCUUGGACGGCUUGGGGCUGGACGAAGCUCUGCCCCAGAAGCUGCCGCGAUCUGUGAAGAGGUGGAAGCCGCCUGUGAAACGCGGCGCGUCCCGCGGAUGAGUCUCUGAGAUCCGCUCAGUGGCACCGGCACCUCAAGAAAAGGGUGUCCAGCACUCAAAUGCCUUACCCAGUGGUGCUUGUCCUUUCUGUUU